GAUUAUGAUGAUUUAUAUUUUGUUGAAAAUAUUGAUCAUCAAAAAGCAAAUGAGACAUGGAACAAGAUCAUCGACUUACUGAGUGAAAAAUCAUUUUCAUCAAGACAUCAAAUAUUCGAAUUUGUCAUACACGCUAUAUAUAGCUUUCUCAAUAUAAAUGAGAAUACAAAUGAAAUUAUCUAUUUACUCGAACGAUUACAAAAUGCCGAAAACAAUUUGUUAGAAAAAUCACCUGAAGUACGUAAUGUGAAUUUUAUAUGGAAUAAAAUAGCUAAAGAGUUUUCCAAAGAAAUAUUUUCAACUGAUCAACAAGCGUUGGAAUUUUUCACUCAAUUUACAAAUGGGAUUAAUAAUUUUAACUAUUCCGACAGUGCGUUUUUUCUUGAAAGGCUUCAUCUUUUGUUUGCUUUAUGCUCAACAAAUCAAUUCCCAACACAAGAAGCAUUUUCUGAUCAACUGAUUUAUAUUAGAAAAAUUGAUAAAAAAAGCAUAGAUUUCAUGUGGAAUAUUAUUU